AGGCGAGAGCAGCGUACGAGUAUACCAGGGUUCCAAUCAUGAUGAACCGAAAGCGAUGAUGGUGAUGAUCUCGGUGACGACAACCAUGAUGGAGCCCAGAGUUGGACUGGAGUGAAGUAGCAGCAGAAGAAGACGAAGUGGCAGGCAGUGCGCCAUCUCAGUAGAGAUAAGAAGUGAUAUUAUAAUUACCAAGUGUUCAUCUCAUGUGGAUAGUAGAGUAUCGUAAGGACUGAAUGCAUUUGGCGAAUCAGUGCGAAUCUGUCUCUAACGUGUAACUAGUGAUAACAAGCGACCAGAAUUUAAAAAAAAAACGAUAUUACCUCAGACGUGCUUACAUCAUCCUGCUGAAAUACUAGCGUUCUACUGUGUGUUCUCGAGAAGCGAAGAAGAAUCAGAAAAGAUCGGAAAAAUGUCGAAGAAACCUACGGCGGGACCAGCGCUGCACAAGGUCAUCAUGGUGGGCAGCGGUGGCGUUGGAAAAUCGGCACUCACACUACAGUUCAUGUACGACGAGUUCGUGGAGGACUACGAACCGACCAAGGCGGACAGCUACCGGAAAAAGGUGGUCCUGGACGGCGAAGAGGUACAGAUCGACAUCCUGGACACGGCCGGCCAGGAGGACUACGCGGCCAUCCGCGACAACUACUUCCGCAGCGGUGAAGGGUUCCUGUGCGUGUUUUCAAUCACCGAAGACGACAGCUUUCAGGCGACACAGGAGUUUCGGGAACAGAUAUUGCGUGUGAAAAACGACGAGAAUAUCCCGUUCCUGCUCGUCGGCAACAAGUGCGAUUUGAACGACAAACGGAAAGUGCCACUGGCCGAGUGCCAGGCCCGUGCGCAGCAGUGGGGUGUGCCAUACGUCGAAACGUCGGCGAAGACGCGCGAAAAUGUCGAUAAGGUGUUCUUCGACUUGAUGCGCGAGAUACGCUCGCGGAAAACGGAAGACUCGAAAGCACCGAACGGUCGCGCCAAAGACAAAUCGAAACGAAGGAAACUCAAAUGUACGCUGAUAUAGGAGGUGGAAGCAGCUGGUGAACCCCGCGCAGUGUGCUGAGAGCGACGAAGAAGCAGAACAAAGCGGAAUGCAAAAAAACACACUCACACAAAGGCGUGCGCUCAGCACUUGGCAUAAGCACACAACACACGCAUACACCUACACAGAUACACUCACGUGCAGAACAAAACAGUGAAACAUCCGGUAGAUAAUCUCCACGUUUUUAUUAAAUAUUAUUAUUUAAGUUUAAGUCGUAUCAUUACCGAGAGGGAAAGAGAAAGAAAGGAACGGAGAAGGAUGACUAGUUAAGCCGAAAUGAUCAAUUUAGAAUGAGGAAAAUCACUCUCUUAACAUUAAGGAGGUUAUCAAACAAGCAAAUGCUAAUUAUUUGUUACAAAUAAUGCAAGGUCUAUAAAAUAUGCUAAGGCGAGAGAAGACGAACAAAUAAACUAGGAAGAAAUGCAUAUUAACUAAGCUAAA